AAGAAACUGCCCCCUAGCCACUUUGACCACUUUGAUCAUUCUGACGAUGCUGCCUCGAGGCCUCAUGAUACGAACGUAACAUACGUCCCAUGACUGAGUUGAUAUCUUCAUCUACCGGUUGGGCAUAGGCGAGAAGUAAAGUCGUAAGACAGGCUACUGCUCUGGGUUUUGUCUUUAGGACGUCUAUCGAUAUCCUUAGGUGUUUUGGAGGGAUAAAAGAGUUAUGACGGGGAACUGGACAGCACCAGCUCCCCACGGGAGCACUGGGACAAGUCAAGUAAGCAACACCAAAUACGCCUUCAACAAUAACAACAACACUCACAUCACAAACCAGCUAGCCAAACACCCAGGCCCCCCCUACGCCUCAACCAACGCCAUCGUAGGCGGCGAGCCAACCCCCUCAAUCGACGACCCCAUCGCCGCCGUCCUGCUCCUGCUCUUCCUCCUCUCCGCCUUCGCACACCUAGCCAUCCUCAGAAUCAACAAACAGCGGAACCUAAAAUUCGUCUUCUCAGGAAUGCUAUUCGCUCUAUGUUUCCUCCGAGGCGUCUCACUAGCCGCGCGCAUGGUCUGGGCCUCGUACCCGAAGGCGGUGAACGCCGUGAUAGCGGCCAGCGUCAUGACGCAGUGCGGCUCCGUGCUGAUCUUCAUCAUCAACUUGUUCUUCACCCAGCGCGUUCUCCGCGCUUACCACCCGCGUCUGGGCUGGAGUCGGGCCGCUGGUGUGGUUGUCUGGUUUUUGAUCAUCUGUGUGCUGUGCUGUCUCGUUAUGGCUAUUGUGACGACUAUCCACAGUUUCUUCACUCUGGACCGAGCUUCGCGCAGAGCAGACCGUGCCGUUCAGCUCUUCGCUGGCUCGUAUCUUGCGUGCUUGGCUUUUCUGCCCGUGCCUAUAGUCGCGCUCGCCGCCGCUACGCACCCGCGGCGCUUUCACGUCGAGAAAUUCGGUUACGGACGAUGGCGUGCGAAGAUUGGACUCUUGGUAUUCGCGGCACUAGUUGCUACGCUAGGAGCCGCGUUUCGAGUGGGUGUGAAUUUCGACGGCAGGCCUGGCAGGGCGCCGGCAUGGUUCCACAGUCGAGCGUGCUACUACGGGUUCAACUUCGUGACGGACCUAGUAGUAUCGACAGCGUACCUCCUAGCACGAUUCGACCGACGCUUCAUCGUGCCGGACGGGGCGCGCGGACCAGGGGAAUACUCCCCUAUUAUCCCAUCAACACACUCAAACAGCAGCCAUCUUGAGGGCAAGCUACCCCUAAUGGGAACCAGCAAGCCCGUAAUAAUGCUUCGCCAACCCUCCAGUCCCUCUGUCCCACCCAGCCCCCCGUUUCUCCCACACACGAUAACAAUGACAGCAAAAAUGCCCUCCUCAUCCUCAUCCUCACAACAACACCUCAUCGAGUCCUUCACCGACACCACGAACACCGCCGUGCAAAACACACCAACCACCAACCUCAGCCUAAACCGUAAAGACAAAACACUGCACCUAACACUGAAAUACCACACCCACAACCACUCCUACACACACUUGCACUCGUACCCCCACCACCAUUCCCACAGCCACCACCACAACACCACCAAACCACGCCCAAAAAGCGCCCUAAAAAACACAUCCAACCCCCGGCCCAACCUCAAAUCCCGCACCCGCACCCGGCGCGCCGCCCUCCUGCGGAUGCGCAUAAACAGCGAAGCCGACGUCUACGGGCCAGACAUCUCAGCGCUAAACCCGUUAAUGAGCACGCCCGCAACGCAUUCCCCGUGCGGGUCGCGCGAAGCACUAGUCCCCUGCCACUCACACUCCCACACGCACACACACGCCUACACGCCCAACAGCGGGUUGCGUGCGCCCGCAGCGGUGCAUUUCGUCGGACCACCGAUCCUGCCGGAUCUAGAUCUCGAUCUGGAGUUGCUGAGCGCGACGUUGCCGUGGCCGUUGGAUAGUUGGGGGUAUGACGUGCGGCGGAGUUCGCGGGGUGGGAGUACGAGUGGAAGUGGGAGUGGGAGUGGAAGUGGAAGUAAUAGUAGUAGUAGUGCGGCUCUUAUGAGCGGGACGGAGGAUAGUGGGACGAGUAAUAGCGAUAGUAGUAAUAGUAGUACUGAUAGGAGUGCGAGUAGUAAUAGCACGGGAGGAAGCAGCGGUGGACAAGGACAGGUACAAGGGGAAAGAGAAAGCGCGGAGGCUGUAGAAGUCGAAGAAGGAACUAAUAGUGGGAAGAGUAGUGGGGGUGGGAGUCAGCGAUCGAUGCGGUCGUGGCGGUCGAGGACUAUGUAGGUACUCUAGGUACU